AGCGGCAUAGAUGACUGGAGCAUCUCUUUUAGCUAUUGAUCGCCCAAACCCUUCUACUUAGUCAGAACGAAGAGCAAGAGGAGAGAGACAAAGCACUGGCUGCGAAUUCCCUUUCCACGGACGACCAGAGGAUGCCAUCGAGGAUCCUGUUAAGAUGCCUUACUGGUAUGGUGCUCAUGUUGGCCUUCUUAAUAGAUUCUAAGGCAGAGCCGGAUCAGUACUCUCGGGGUGUGGACUGGCUGGGUCGUUAUGGAUAUCUGUCUCCACCGGACCCCAAGAUUGGAAAACUCCAAACUAAAGAAGGCUUAGAGAAAGCAAUUCGAGAGAUGCAGAGAUUUGGAGGAAUUAAACAAACUGGAAAAUUCGACAGCGAGACCUUGAAGCUCAUGUCAAAGCCGAGGUGCUCUUUACCUGACAUCAUGGGCUCUGAGGACAGGAUGAGAAGAAGGAGACGGAAAAGAUAUGCUCUGUCUGGUUUAAGCUGGAAGAAGGAAGAAAUAACAUGGAGCAUCCACAACAUGCCCAGGCUUAACAAAAAUAUAGAUACAAAAGAUAGAGUUCGAAAUAUCAUGAUGAAUGCCUUAAAAGCCUGGAGUGACGUCACCCCCUUGAAGUUCUCUGAGAGGAGCCCAGGUCAAGCUGACGUGGAGGUGUCUUUCACACGCACCCACCAUGACGACGGCUACCCGUUUGACGGGCCCGGGGGCACGCUCGCUCACGCUUUCUUCCCUGGGGAGUCCGAGAUCGCUGGAGACACUCACUUUGAUGAUGAGGAGAAUUGGGGUUAUGAAGACUUCAGUGGCGGGACCACGGAUCUCUUCACGGUGGCAGUGCAUGAGUUCGGUCAUGCCCUGGGCUUGGGACACUCUGCUGACACUGGCUCCAUCAUGGCGCCCUCUACAGCGGUCCUGCCGCGAGAGAUAUGCACUCCUACCGCUUGCCUCGCGACGACCAACAAGCCAUCCAGCAAGUGUAUGGGCCCAACAAAAAAAAACCCAACACUUCCCGUCACACCUCCUCUUCCUGACCUGCCUGAUCCACUUCCACCACACAGAACACCAAGGCCAGACCCAUCUGUCCCAAAUCGCUGUGUGGGAGGCUUUGACGCAGUGGCCAACAUCAGAGGAGAUGUUUUCUUCUUCAAAGGUAAAUUCUUCUGGCGGAGAGUGCAGACAGCCCUGCUCUCUAAUGCACCAGCACUCAUCAAUAACUUCUGGUUUGGCCUCCAUGAUCAAAAUAAUAUAGAGAUUGAAAAGAUUGACGCAGCAUACGAGCGCAGUGACAGUAGAAUCGUCUUCUUCAGUGGCCAGUCCUACUGGGUGUUUAAGGACAACAAGGUGCUCCCUGGCUACCCACGGCCCAUAACCGAGUGGGGGAUGAAACACAGCAACGGUCAGCCCGUGACCACGGUUGAAGCGGCGUUCGUCUGGGCUCACAAUGGACGGACUUUCCUCUUUAGUGGCAAAGAGUUCUGGGGCUUCUCCAAUGGCAAGGAUUUGGAGAGGCCAAAUCCAGAUGAGGGCUACCCCAAACCGGCGUCACUGUGGACAGGGGCGCCCAGUAAUCCAGAUGACAUCAUCACCAGUCCAGAGGGAAACACAUAUUUCUUCAAGGACAACUCCUUUUGGAUAGUAGAAAACGGAAAGCUAGGUCAGGAUGUGGUCACUUCUAAAUCCACAGCUAUUGAGUGGAUGAAGUGUCAGCCGAAGGAUGUACCAACAUCCCGUCCGGGGAAAGGAGACUGCAGUUGUGGUAUAAGUGGGGCCUCUGAAAUUCCGUCCGUGAGAAGUAGCCAAUGGAUCUUACUGACCCUCACCAUGGCCUUUUUACAGACAUCAUUGAUAAUAUGAGGGUUUUUUUCUUUGCAAUAAUUAUGUUGAAGCACUCUGUGCCUUUAAGUUAUUCUAUGUUUUUUUUAAGUUGUAUUAUUUACUUCAACAAUAUGUACAGUGUGCAGAGUGAUAAAGUGUUACAAAAGAAUGCAUUACAAUGAAUGUGUUUCCAAUUAAUUUCCAUUUAAUGAGACUUCAUACACAGUUCUAUAUUAGGAAUUAGGAACUCAUGCGAAAAUAUUUUGAGGCAGCAAUGUCACAACUUCGUUGUAUUCAGUUGUCACAUUUCCCCUUCAAGCAGAACAGAAACUUUUACCUCUAACUCAAUAGAUACCAUUCUUAAGGCUAUUCACAGAAACGUUUUAGAGAUGUACACUUUCACUUCUAACUCGAUUAAAAAGUUAAUUGACAAUACAAAUACUGCAGAUACCUCUCUGAUUUUAGAACAUGUCGAUACGGAAAAAAAAUGUCUUCUGAAUUGAGCAUAAACAACUAUUCUAUAACUGUUAUUAGCACCUGACAGAUAGGCCAGACUCUUAUUAAUUUUGAGGAGGACUGGAUGUCAGGAAGGCAUAUAUGUAAACGCUCGAUGGUGUUUUAUGCCCCAAACGUCGUCCACCGCUGACUUAAAGGCACCUAAUCCUAAACCUAACCCCAACCCUAACCCUAACCUUAACCCAUGCUUAACCCUAAUGCCUUCCAAGCAGUGCUGCCUUGAAGACAACGUUGGGGGCAUAAAACACCAAAAAACAUAUGUAAAACCCAUAGCACUCAGGGGAUGUGAUGCAUACUGCAUUAUUAUUAUUAUUAUUAUUAUUAUUAUUAUUAUUAUUAUUAUUAUUAUU